UGUUUUAACAAGUAAUGGUGAAUAUCUUGGUCCAAAAUAAAUGUCAUAUAUUAAUGCUUAUAUUUAAGACGAGCCUCCCUCCCCAGUGGCUGGGCCCCAAAAAGCUUCCCCUUUUUACCCCCAUAUGGGCGGCCCUACAUGUAAUCAAAGAGACAAAAAGGGUACUUCGACAAAACUUUGUAUUUUGAGAAGCAAAAAAAGAGAAGAUUUUUAAAAUGUAAAUAUUUGUCAGUAAGAUUUUAGAAGCUGGGUUUACAAUUAUACUUUUAGUUUUAUACUCUGCUAAUAUACAGUGGCACUUUCUCUUACCACCUGCCCAAAUUAUUCAAGUAACUUUAGCUAAUUUAUUUUAUCAGCAGGGUGUGGGCAGGCGCAGACUGUGACAUCACUUUUCUUCUUGCUUUCAGACGCCUUUCGCAAGGGGUGUGAGUUCUUUCAAAAACAUUGGAGAAAAGGCAAUGAGCAACUUGGUAAGAAAUGUCCCACAAACUGAAAAGAAAAAAAAAAAAAAAAAGAAUAUUUUUUAAAGGGGAAAAUAUUAUUAUUAUUUUUGUAUGUAAAGAAUAUUGCAAUUUUUUUGCAAAUUUUUGGGGUCACUUAUUUCAUUGCUCAUGGCCAGUUUGCUCAGGUUUCAAAGGGUUAAAAGUGUUUAAAAGUGGGAAGACCUGUUCAGAGUAGCCUAUGAGAGCAGUGACGUAAACAAACUGCAGUUACAUCAACCUGAGAAGAGGUCCAAUCAGCAAACAACAUCAGAAACACCUGUGCAGGUGUGCACGCUUCAAACACACCGGUAAGCUGUUGGAUGACAGAGCACUUCACUCUUAAAGACUGAACCGACUCUUGCGUCAUAUUUCCGCGUCGCGGGCAGCGAUGCAACCGUGGAGGACAUCGAGCAUGGGACACCUUGGAGGUUUAUUUCUUCUGCUCGCGCCGCUGACCUGGUGUCAUAUUUGGGCUCACUCUCUGCCCGCCUGCCGCAAGCAGCUGGAGUUCAGGUGCAGCGAUGGCUCGUGCAUCCCGACACUGAGUGUGUGUAAUGGACACAGAGACUGUGAGGACGGAUCAGAUGAACACCGCUGUGGUCACCUGUGGUGCAAGAAAGAUGAAUUUGCCUGCCACAGCAGACGGUGCAUAUCUCUACAUUUACGUUGCAAUGGCGUAGACGACUGUGGCGACGAGAGUGACGAGGCUUCCUGCCUGAACUGCACCACCGCCGGCUCCUUCUCCUGCGGCCCGUCUGACUCCUGCCUGCCCAGAAACAAGCUGUGUGACGGGCGAGCUGACUGUAAAGACGGACGGGACGAGUCUCAGGAGUUGUGCGGUUUGUCUCAGCCACACCCACAGACUUCUCCCACAUGUACAGCAUCUGAGUUUCAGUGUGGAGACGGGCAGUGCAUCCGCCAUACCUGGAGGUGUGACCACUCCCCAGACUGCUCUGAUGGCAGCGACGAGGACAACUGUGAUCAGGACGAGUGUAAGUUCAAUAACGGAGGCUGCUCUCAUGUGUGUUUGGACCAGCCGCUGGGUUUCCUCUGCGACUGCCCCGACAACAUGAGGCUGGUCGGGGACAGCCAGUGUGAGGAGAUCGACACGUGCCUGGAGAGCGACGUGUGUGAUCAGCUGUGUGUUCACAUCAACGGCAGCCUCACCUGCGACUGCCACGAGGACUACCAGAUGAAUUCAGCAACCGGGGAGUGCAAGGCCAAAGGGGAUGAGGCUCAACUGGUUUUCACCUCAUCUAAAGGAAUUCAGUUGAAAAACAUGACUGGCACUGAGUACAGGGAAACGGCUCCACAUAUACCAGGACCAGGGCCAGUUGCAGCUUUGGCCUCUAACCGAUCACUCUACUGGGCCCGACAAGGACGAGGCUCCGUAUACAGGGUCUCCAUGGAUGGAAAACCACAGGAUUCGGUGUUGUUGCUGAAAGUUCAAGAUUCAGUGUCGGGCCUGGCGGUGGACUGGAUCCACCACCUCCUCUACUGGACCAGUUUGGAGAGCGGGUCUGUUAAUGUUGGCCUGCUGGACGGUUCAGCUCAGCGUCAGCUUAUUACAGGACUGGACAAACCUUCUGCAGUGGCUGUGGAUCCUCUCCAAGGAUUUCUCUUCUGGACUCAGUGUGGUAACUCCCCAAAGAUUGAGAGAGCUAGUUUGGAUGGUUGGGACAGGAGAGCUCUGGUCAUUUCCUCAAUUCGUCAUCCUGUUGCUCUCUCUCUGGAUAUGCCUCGUCAGCUGCUGUACUGGGUGGAUCAGGGAAUGAGAAGCAUCUCCAGAGUAAAUCUGGAUGGCCGUCACCGUAAAACAGUGAUAGAGUCGAACGGUUAUCUGGACCGUCCAUUUGGACUGGCUGUGUUCGAGGGUUUUGUGUAUUGGAGUGAAGAAGUGACGCAAUCCAUCUGCCGAGCCAACAAACACAACGGUGGCAACUUCCAAGUACUCCUGUCAAACGUCACUUCACCGGGUGGUGUGGUUAUCAUUCAGCCUGUUCUCCAACCAAAGGGGCCAUCUGUAUGCGGACAUACCAGGACAGUGUGCCAGCACGAGUGCAUAGUCAACCUACUGUCUAAGAGUCCAGAGUUCAGCUGCACUCCUCCAGAAAAAGGACAAAAAAAAUCUCAAGAAAUUCCUGCCAUUUCCCGCAGAGUUCCUGCACCAAGUGUAUCUGACCCUGCGUUUGCUGGGAUCCUCUCUGUUAUCAUGUUUCUCAGUGUGCUGGUGGUGGGAAUGGCUCUGUGGUGGUGGAGAGAGGAGUUCAGUACAUCCAGGUCUCUCACUGAGCAGAGCUUCUCCCUCAAAGAGUCCCAGGACCCACUCAUCAUCCAGGAGCCGCAAGUGGGUCCAAACAUAUGUCUCGUCAAGGAAACUCUGUUUAAGCUGGACUUGGACGGUGAAUGAAGAAGGUGCGACACAGAUGGCCAUGUGAUGACCGGGUUUCACCUGGUGCUGUCACACCCCCACAGUGACCUCAGGGCUGACAGGAGGACAAGACAACAAACUCAGCUCAGCAGCCUGUCGUGUCCCAACUCCCUCUGCAGGUUAAAAUCCCUCUAGACAUGACCCGGUGGUAAAUAUCAGAGUUCAGACGGGGAAAAGGCUUUACCAACAGUAACUUCUGUUUUCAAGAAGUGUAACUUUCAGCUCUCGUGGCGUCAGAAUUCCUGUUUGUUGUUGAUGAUGAUGUUUGUUUAUAUUGUAUUGAACAAGCAUAGCUUUGAAUCUCAGCACGGAUGAACUCGUAUAUUUUGCCUUAUUUUUCAAACCACGUUAUCAAGCAUUUUCCUCAGCAGGAUACGAGUUAGAACUGUAGGUCAGUGGAAAUGUCAUCUGUUUAACAAUUAGUUGAUUACUUGCUUAGUCGAUCGACAGAAAGUUAAUUAGCAACUUUUGAUAAUUGAUUUAUCAUUUGUCAAAAUGCCAAACAUUCUGCUUUUAUUUUUCCUCUACGACUGUAAACUAAAUAUCUGGGUUUGUGACAGCUGAUGAGACAAAACGAGCACUUAGGAGUUUUUUUCCACUACUUUCAGUAAUUUUACAGACCAAACGAUUAAUCGAUUGAUUGAAAAUAAUUACUUGUGGUCCUACUGUAGAUUUUUAAUUUAUUGUGUAGUUGCACUUUCUCUCUCAAUGUUUAUUUCAUCUUAUUACAAUCAAAACAGUACUUUUGCAUUAUCAAUGAUGGUUUUUACUCUCUGUAACAUCAGCUGGUGUUCCACUGGUUUGUUCGUGGCCUUCAGGCAUGUCACACUCAGUGGCAGUGAGAGAGAUGCAUUACUGCAUUGUCAAUUCAAGCUUUGUUCAAAGAGCAGUUUUAAAAAAUAUUUUAAAACCUCUAUUUGCAUCAGUCAUCUCAAAUACACACUGAUUUACAACUUUACAGCCGGUAUUCUACCAACUAACAAUGUCAAAGAUGCAACAUUUCACUUGAGAGAGAGAUGAAAAAACUUGAAGUUCUAAAGUAUGCAGAUAGAGUGGAGUAAGUUGAGCCGAUCACAAGCAGACAGAGAAGUUUGGUGACUUUGGACUGUGAGAGGAACUUCACUCUUCUUCGCCUCUACAGGCUUGUGCUGUCUGAUUGGUUGAGAAGUGUGAACCUGUUCUUGCCACAGUCUGGCGAUCUCCUCCUUCUCUCCCCACUCCUCCUCUUGUCUCCUUUCCUCCUCCAUGAACAUACUGAAAGCCUCCUCGUCACUGACCAGCUACUUGUUCUCUUGCCGCUCCUGGGCCCGACGCUGCAUUGACAGCUCAAAAGCCUCCACAGCCACUGUAGCCCGACUCUCUUUUUUUUUGGCAGGAAAGGCUCUUUAUGAGUGACUGUGUUGGGUCUGGCUUUGAAUCCUGCUGCUUCCUCCCAUUUCUGUUCUUCUGUCAUCUUCUGUUCCCAGCAUCUGCUCCUCACAGCUCCUCGUUCAUCCAAGAGCAGUCGGAACAGCUCAGGCUUUGUGGGCUCUAGUAUCCUAUUCUCAUGGAGAAGUCUGGCAGUGUCUGGGUCAUGAAAUGUGGUACCUCUUCAUUUCUUUUCCACCUCCAGCCUCUUGUCUUUCAGUGCCAUCCUUUCUCGUUCCCUCUCUUCAAAGGAAAAGGGACAGACUUCCACGUGGUGGUUCUGUGGUCGUCGGGGCUGGAUAGGGAGGUCAUUGAUGGGGCUUUGAUUUAUGAGGGCCGUGUUAUUCCAGACAAACUCCCCUUAAGGGCAAAAGCUGAAGGUGUUGCACAACUUUGUUCUUUGGCAAACCCACCACGCCUUCCAGGAUCUUUUUGGGCAAAGGCUGAGCUUUAAAGUUAUUCAAAGAACAGUUUAAUCAGAAAACUUCCCAUCAGAAAAUUUCCCUUUCUUGCCAAGAGUCAGAUGAGAAGAUGAAUACCACUCUCAGACAAUUAGAGUUGUAUCGAUUUUUCUCAUCUAAUUCUCUGUAAUAAAGUGAAUAAGCAGGUUUACUAAGAUGUCUAAAUAUUCCUUUUAAUACUCCCAAAACUAAUCGGUCUGAAAAAGGGAAACAUUUUUAAACGUGUGACUUGUUGGUGGCACUCUGAGAAAAAGUCAGUGGAUCACCAAGUUAAGUCAAAGUCCGUAGGGUUCAUCCUCUGAGGCCCUUGAAUGUCUGUACAGAAUGUCAUGGUGAUGCCGAUCGAAUGACAUUGUAGUCCUGAGACUGUUGAAUGUUACCUUUUUUCAGACCAGUUUUGGGAGCUUUGAUUCAGUAUUUUUCUUUCAUAUAGUCUGUUAUCCUGUCCCUUACUUUACCCACAGUAAAUAUAGAACAGGAUGUGCGCACAACUACCUGUUACAUGUACUGUACAUAUCAUAAGAUUAUUGCACCAAUUCAGUGUCUUUAUACUGUUUAAAAGUUCAUUUAAAGUGGCCUUUUAGAGUUUAAUCAAUGGAUCAAUACAGUAAGUUUGAUUCUCACAGGGACAUCUGCAAUAAACACCUGGAAUUGUGGCAUUGUAGCAUCAUUUUUAAUUAAAUCAUCUAUUAAAUAACUAUAAGAUGCAGAUGUCCUCAUUGUUAGACUUACACUUUUUACUGAAUAUUAAAUAUUAAACUUCUACUGUUUGUUGACUCCAUCAGCAAAAGGACAUGCAGCACAAUCUAGAUUUACCCUCUUUUUUUUCUCCUUGAAUGUCGGAAGAAAUGAUCUGACGCUUCAGUGGGAGCAAGUGUUUGAUUGUCCUGCCUUGUUUGAAUCCUUUUCUGUUUUUUGCGGGGGGGGGGGAUUUUGUUAUGUCAGUGUCAAAGAACAACAAAAUUGGAUCUGUUGUAUUGAAAAACCCAUCAGCAUUAAUUGGGAGAUGAUUCUGUAAGUGUGCUCAAACUGCUGAGUUGUGUGGUUGGUAUUUAUUUUUAAGGAAGGGUUUUAUUUAUUUUGGGCUGCAUUGUAGUAAGCGUGGUACUGUAUGUGCAACAUGCAUCAAGUCUGUAAAUGAUUCAAAUAAAGUAUUUUGUUUUCCUACA